UCCCGUGUUGUUGUUGGGGGAGAAGUAGAUGUAAAAUAGUUGUCUGCAGAUUUAGGCGUGCGUCCACGGUUUUAACCCGUUCGGCGGAGAAGGUUAAGGAACAAUCGUUGAAAGGUCGAAUGCCGACACAGGGGUAGCGGCGUCUUGUGUUUUGUUAACUUUUCGAAAACAUUUUCUGGCCAUUGAAAACUUUGCGUGGUUGUCCUGUCGCGUUUUCCCUUCUCACCAACCUCCUCCUCUCACUAGCUACUAUCAGCUAGCCAGUUAGCUGGUUAGCUAGCUAUCCCAUCCGUCUUCCAUACUUUUGUGGGACAGGAGAGAAAAGGAGCUGGCGAAAUGGCGGAAACUAAAAUAAUAUAUCACAUCGACGAGGAGGAGACCCCUUACUUGGUGAAGAUUCCAAUUCCGGCCGAAAAGAUAACUUUGUUGGAUUUUAAACAAGUCUUGAACAAACCAAACUACAAAUUCUUCUUCAAGUCUAUGGACCAAGAUUUCGGGGUGGUGAAGGAGGAAAUUUCAGAUGAGAAUGCUAAGCUGCCAUGCUUCAACGGACGCGUGGUUUCCUGGUUGGUGUCGUCCGAUGGGGCAGUUGCACCGUUACCUGCGGAGGCCCCUGUCCCUGUGCCACCAGUGGAGGUGCGUGCCCCCUCUCCCCCUCCCCCGCCUCUGCCACCCCCACCAGCCGAAAGGACGGGGGGCAUCGGGGACUCCAGACCCCCUUCCUUCCAUCCUAAUGCAGCAGGAAGUGUGGAAACGCUGGACGACCAGACAGAGACGGAGUCGGUGGUGUCUUUCAGGAGGGAAAGGCCCAGACACAGAGAGGGCAUGGACCAGCAUGGACCGCGGGUGAAUGGUCAGACUCGCCUAGAGCGCCACCUUGCAGGCUACGAGAGCGCUACCACGGUGAUGAGCAGCGAACUGGAGACCACCAGCUUUUGCGACUCGGACGACGAUGACACCAUGAGCAGGUUCAGCAGCACCACAGAGCAGAGUACAGGCUCCCGGCUUCCCAAACGCCACCGCCGACGCAGGAAACAGCGCCCCCCGAGGCUAGAACGAGCGUCAUCAUUCAGCAGCAUGACAGAUUCCACGAUGUCCCUGAAUAUCAUCACUGUCACACUCAACAUGGAGAAGUACAACUUCCUGGGCAUCAGCAUCGUGGGUCAGAGCAACGAGAGGGGCGACGGAGGCAUCUACAUUGGCUCCAUUAUGAAGGGUGGGGCUGUGGCCGCGGACGGCAGGAUCGAGCCCGGAGACAUGCUUCUGCAGGUGAACGAUAUCAACUUUGAGAACAUGAGCAACGACGAUGCUGUUCGGGUGCUGAGGGACAUUGUACACAAACCAGGACCAAUUAUACUGACGGUGGCUAAGUGCUGGGAUCCUUCUCCUCAGGGAUAUUUCACUCUUCCGCGCAAUGAGCCAAUCCGGCCCAUAGACCCAGCAGCGUGGAUCACUCACUCAGCGGCCCUCACAGGGGUGUUCCCUCCCUACCCCGGCAGCUCCUCGCUCAGCACAAUCACCUCCAGCUCCUCUGUUACCGAGACUGAGCGCUUUGAUGAGUUCAACCUGUCCUUACACUCGGACAUGGCGUCGGUGGCCAAAGCCAUGGCGUCCCCGGAGUCCGGCCUGGAGGUGCGGGACCGCAUGUGGCUUAAGAUCACCAUCCCCAACGCCUUCCUGGGAUCAGACGUGGUGGAGUGGCUAUACCACCACAUUGAGGGAUUCCAGGACCGCCGUGAGGCACGUAAAUAUGCCAGCAACCUGCUGAAAGCCGGCUUCAUUCGCCACACCGUCAACAAGAUCACAUUCUCAGAGCAGUGCUACUACAUCUUUGGAGACUUCAGUGACUGUGAAAACUACAUGGCCAACCUAACGCUGAACGACAACGACGGCUCCAGUGGUGGCGCCUCGGACCAAGACACGCUGGCGCCCCUGCCCCUGCCGGCCACCCCCUGGCCGCUGCUGCACACUUUCCCCUACCAGUACCCGCAGGCCUACUCCAGCCAGCCGCCGCCCUACCACGAGCUCUCCAGCUGCAGCUACGCGCCCGGCAGCAACGGCAGCCAGCACAGCGAAGGGAGCCGUAGCAGCGGUUCGACGCGCAGCGAGGGCGAGCGACGCCGCGGCAACGGCAGCACCAAAAGCGGAGCCGGCAGCACGGUGGGCGGCGGGCGGGACGAGAAGUCCCCCGGCGGCGGCGACUCUCGCUCGGGCAGCGGCAGCGAGUCCGACUACUCCACCCGCAGCAGCUUGCGGCGUGGCGGUGGCGACCACGGCUCGCAGUCGGCGCCCAGCGAGCACGGCAGCCACGUGAGCGUCCGCUCGACCUCCUCGCUCCUCCGGGGGGUGCCGCCGCCACCACUCCCGCCGCACCCCCACCACCCGCACAUGGCGUACCCGCCGGGCAUCCAGCUAUCCUACAACCCCAUGAUGCUCAUGAUGGUCCCGCAGCACCCGCACCCGGCCCUGGGUGGCCCGCAUCCCGGGCAGCACCUGUCCGCCCCCGGCCACCCGCACCCAGCCCUGCACCCCCUCCCGUCAUCUACGCCCGGGGGUCCCCCCGGCGCACCCCCGACCCGAGACCUGGCGUCCGUGCCCCCUGAGCUGACAGCCUCUCGGCAGUCCUUCCACCUGGCCAUGGGCAACCCCAGCGAGUUCUUUGUGGACGUUAUGUAGCGUAGUGGCCGUUCUGUGCAUUAGUUGCUCAUUUUGUGUGUGUGUUUUUGGGGAGGGGAGGGGUAUGUAUGUAUGCUGGAGAAGUGGACUGUUUUCAGUGGCCUCAUGAAGGCCCGUGUUGCACUGGUCACUGCUCACAGGAACAGGGUUUUAAUCGUAGAUCAGAGGACAUCUUUGUCCAUUUUAAAGACCAUGGAUAUGACAUGGUGAAAACACCUUUUUUAAUAAUAAUACAAAACCUCCUUUAGUCCUGGUCUGCACAGCACACAAUGUAAUGUACCUCUUAGUAAAAAUCAAGUGGUAAAAAAAGAACGAAGAAGAAGAAGAAUUGUGAAGUUUCGUCUGGUUAGCUGCUCUUUUCCCCUCUAAGUUAAAUAAACCACCACAUGUGCUGAUCUUGAGACAGUGAGAAUGAGGGAAAGCAUUCCACAGGAGGGAUCUCUGAUCCGUCUGUAGGCGCCUUCUCAUCUCUGUCCAACAAAACCUUUUGCUUAAGUGCAGUGCAGCUGAACAAUCAAAAGAUCAUGUCCCAGGAUUCAAGUCUGUGGUCUGGCCGUGUGACAUGGCUGUUAUAGCAUUUGCCCUUAUUUUUUGGGUGUGAGUGUGCACUGAAACCAAAAGUAAACAUUCUCAGGCUAGCCAGAGGAUCAGUGGUGGCCUUUUAACCGGGUUAAAUGUUGGAAAUUGAACGUUCUAAAUCUGGAUUCAUUGAAUCCAACAUUUAGAAUGUUACAUUGCAGAACAGAAUCCUCUGUUAGAAUGUUCAAAACUUCCAUGCUGAAAGGUUAACCCCCAGAUGACAAGUGACAAGCGGGGCCCAUUUGAAAAUGGGUUCUUGAAAAUUGGUUAAGUGGGCAAUUAACAAGAAACAUAUUUCUAAUGCUUUAUGUUGCCAUGUGGCAGAAGUGUCAAGGUGAAAUGUGCACAGUCUGGGUUUAAGAAUCCACAGCCACAGUUCAUGCCAUGGAUUCCAGUUACAAACCACAUCAAGCUGAAGUUUCCCAAAACUUGGUGCCUUGAAAUUAUGAAGGAUUGGUCUGCCCUUGUAUGUGUGUGUAUAUAAUUACAACUUGUUUAUCAUGACAAGAUACUGUUGUUCAUUAUAGUGUUGUUUAAUGUGAAAUCUUUGGGGAACAUAGUUGCCUAUUUGUGCCAAGUAGGCACUGUUCAGUGUCUCUCAGAAAGGCAGUUUUUAAAUUGUGGUAUGAAUGAGGGGUAUAAGUGAAUAAACCAAAACUAAGACAUGGUACUUUUGGGGGAUAGAAUGUUCAAAAUAUAAUUGUCUCCCUGAUUUUCAAGAUGAUCAAAAAUGCUAUAGACUUGACAUUUUUGUACAAAUAUUUUCAUAUGUAAUCAAAAAAAUACAGGUACCAAAUGUUUAUCAUGACACUUUUUAUAUUUCUUUGUUUUUGUUUUCAAAUAAAUGUGUAAUAGACUGAAAG